UCUGAGUCUCUGUGGUUACACGUAAACGCAGCGGAUCUUGCAUUCUGAUGGCGCUGCAAAUUCGCAUUUCGAUGCGUUUGUGACAUGGGCUGCGGGACAAGUAAAGUGCUGCCGGAGCCUCCCAAGAACUGCUACGUGGAUUUUGUGAAAUCGGUGGUGAAAUGUAACAAGAAGCAGAAACUAUGCGAUGAAGAGCCCCUUAAAACAUCUGGGAAUAAAACCGAUUUCUGGGGCAUUUAUAACCCUGGGGACUAUCAGCAGCAGCAGCAGCAGAAAAACCAGCAUUUGCUAUGGCAGGAAGGAGUGAAACAGAACAAAGUCACAAAAUACAGAGCGAAGUUUGAUUCAAGAGUGACAUCCAGGUAUGACAUCAAGGCUCUCAUAGGGAGGGGCAGCUUCAGCAGGGUGGUUAGAGUAGAGCACAGGGCCACCAAGCAACCGUUUGCCAUCAAGAUGAUAGAAACCAAAGCCAAGGAGGGUCGGGAGGUGUGCGAAUCCGAACUGAGCGUGCUCAGGAGAGUCAGCCACUGCAAUAUCAUCCAGCUCAUCGAGGUGCUGGAGUCCCAGGAGCGCGUCUACAUGGUGAUGGAGCUGGCCACCGGAGGGGAGCUUUUUGACAGAAUCAUCGCUAAAGGCUCAUUCACUGAACGGGAUGCGACGCAGGUCCUGCAGAUGGUUUUAGAUGGAGUGAAGUACUUGCACAGCUUGGGGAUUUCCCAUAGGGAUUUGAAACCAGAGAACCUGUUGUACUAUCAUCCAGGUACAGACUCAAAGAUCUUGGUAACUGAUUUUGGAUUGGCUAACUCAGGCAAUAAAGACGGAGACUGGUCAAUGAGGACGACCUGCGGGACACCAGAGUAUAUUGCACCAGAGAUCCUGUUGAGGAAGCCCUACACCAGUGCAGUGGACAUGUGGGCUCUCGGUGUGAUCACGUACAUUUUGCUGAGUGGAUCUAUGCCAUUUGAAGAUGAGAACCGCACAAAGCUUUACAGAAUGAUCCUGAAGGGAAAGUACAGCUUUGUUGGUGAUCCAUGGCCCAACGUUUCCAACCUGGCUAAGGACUACAUCAACAGGCUGUUGACAGUUGACCCAAGCGAACGCAUGACUGCGACCCAGGCACUGAAGCACCCGUGGAUCGUUACCAUGGCAGCCUCAUCCUCCAUGAAGAACCUCCACCGCUCUAUCUCCCAGAACCUGAUGCGCCGGGCGUCCUCCCACUGCCAGAGCUCCAAGUCGGGACAGUCCAGUCGCUCUAGCCGGUCUCGACGCAUUUGGGAGAAGGAAAUCCUGGAGCGCAACUUGAAAUACCAGCCCCACUAUGAGCAACAAUGAUUCCACGAGGGGGGCUGUUUAAAGACAUGACUUUCAAAGUCAAACAGUGUGUUUAGACUUACAACUCGGACCUGAACUGGCUCAGAGUCAGUUCAGAUCCGAGUUCUACUCAGAUUAGAAGAUUCUUAUAAUUUGACCCACUCAUUUACACAUGAGCAUAGUAUGUGAGCGCACAGCCUGUGAACUGUAGCGCGUACCCGAGGGCGUCAUAUUAACCACCUUGUUAAGCAUGAAGCCAGUUCCCAUCCCCAAAGCACAGAGGAAGUGUUUAAAUGAGCAAGCCUAUCAUGUGUGUCACUUGUGUGUUUCUACUUCAAGGUGGUCAUUCCAGAUUAAAUUUUACCAUUAGAAAUGGACCGAUGCAUUGAGAACUUGCAUAUCAGACAUUAAAAGAAAGCGGUGUUAUUACACAUCAGUCUGACAUCUCUUCUUAUAUGGGAAUGUAAACAAUAACUCCUGUUUAUUCUCUUACCCAUGAAAAAUAUGAAUUUUUGCUAUUCAACAAAAUCAAAACUCAUUCAUUUAAUAGCUAAAAAGAAACAUCUGCAACUAUCAAUUGUUUUCUCUUCUCCACCCAGAACUCAAGUUUAUAUACCAGAUACUAACAACGCAUCACGGUAAUAUCAUAAAAGCCUUACAUAAAAUAAAAAUAGCUCUUUCUAGGGGGCAAAUGCAGGCCUUUGAUUAAAAGUAAUGUGUUUUUAACAUUACUCUACCAGUAUAAAUAACAGAAUCGGAAUUUUGAAUUGUGUGUAUUUACUGCAGAUCUAACAACUUGCUGUCUUCUUUCUAUUGUCAUCUAAUCAAAACAUAUUACAUGUACAUAAUCAUAUUAGAAAACAUAGAUCCACUAUUCCCAUUUAAACACGUGACACACAUAAUCAGAAUUAUUACAUUCAUAAUGUAUAAGAUUGUUUAUUUUAUUUUAAAUGACGCUAACACAUGCAAAAAAUGAAAGCUGAAAAUUGGGACUGUCUGGUAACCCUAUUCACAUCACGGCACUUCGAUGAUACCCUUUGAUAAAGCCUAUAAAUUUACGUUGAUUAAACUUCUUCACACAUGCAGCUUUAUUUUUAAAAUUGUAUAUUUGCUAGUGUGGUGAUGCAUAUAAUUAAACAAGUGCUGUGAAGGUCUAAAAGCAUGUUACUUUUAUAUAAAUGACUGUAUUCGCUCCGUGAAGGAAACUUCUUUUUCAUAGCGACUUCACUGUAAUGGUUUGUUUAAUUCUCGAUAGAGGUACCGACAAAUCUAAACGUUUCCUAAUAUUGAUAUGUAUCAAAAUACGAUCACAGGUUACGUUUGUAGAUAUGUGUGAAAAAUAAUAUUUUUGCCAAUAAAGUUUCAUGACAACUAGGCUGGUUUUA